UGUAGUUGUAUGUAGCUCACCUUAGGACCACUAGAUGUCGUAACCACUUACUUCUUUUUUAAAGAAAACUUCAUUUUUAUCUCAGAUCGAGUGUCCGAUUGGGUAGUUUAAAAUUAUUUUCUUCUGAGGGACUUUUUAGAACUUGUUAACCUAACCACAGAUUAUAACCUAACCUCAAAAUAAAACAACAGUAAAUAAUGCAAAAUAGUAAUAUUUUGGUUUUGCAUCUUCAGAAAACGUUAAGAUAUAUUGGUAAAUAAUGGCUCAACCUACCGUAGAAGUAAUUGUAGAUGCCCUACCUUACAUUGAUCAAGGAUAUGAUGAACCUGGCGUUCGAGAGGCAGCCUUUGCUAUGGUCGAAGAAGAAUGUCGUCGAUACAGACCGACAAAAAACUACCUAGAACACCUACCACCACUCAACAUAUCUACUUUUGAAACCCCCAUAAUGCACAAUGAAUUUGAACGCCUGCAAAACCGCCUCCCUAUGGAAACUUUGUCAAUGAGAAGGUACGAGUUGCCUCCUCCACCCAGUGGAAAGUUGAAUGAGGUUGGAGCUUGGAUAGAAUGUGUGGAGAACUCCCAGGCACAGUUGGAACACCAGGCAGUUAGGAUUUUGAAUUUGCAGUUAAUGUUGGAGUAUUGUUGUCCUGCUUGGCAAAGAUAUCUGCAGAGUUUGCAAGACAUGGAGAAGAUAGCAUCAAAAAAACUGGCCGAACUGAGACAAGCCUUGCAACAAGUGAAUUGGGAGAGAAAACGUCUGCAGACCAAAGGUGGAGAACAACUUAAAGCAUUGGAAGCAAAAUGGGUAGCAUUGGUAUCACACAAUUAUGAGGUAGAACAGGCGUGUUGCAUGGCAGAAGAUUAUAUUGCACAGGUUAAACAGAAUUUAGCAAAUAAGAAUUAGGUGUAUAUUGUGGACAUUUACUAGAAUAUUGUAUUGUGUGCUGUAAAUAUAUUUGUCAUUAUAAAUGUAUGUAUACAUCAUAUUGGAGAUCUUGAUACAGACAUAAAUCCCAUGUUUUGAAGUGGAAUGAAAGAGAUAUUUACAAUAAAGCACAACAGACAAUUAAACAAUUUUUAUUCAGUUCGUCACAAAUAGAUUUAAAAUCGAUGCACUUCACAAAAAUAAGGCUCAGUUUAGAUAUAUAAAUAGACUGCUAUCAAAUUACAUCAUGUGUAUAAAAAACUAACAAAUCAUUUAAUACUGUCACCUACUAAUCUAAAAUAUCAAAUGUCGUAAAUGGGCGUUCCAUCUGCACUCCAUGUGUUCUUCACUUUUUCGAAGACGAAAGUUGUGUAUAUUGCUAAAAAAGAAUAAUGGAAAGGAAAUAUGAGUGGAACAGAAGUGCAAUUGAUUAGUAUAUGCCCAAUUCAAUUAA